UUCAAGAACCUAGAAAUAAAAAGUACAUUCCUGGAAUCUAAAUUGACAAACGUGGGCCCCCGGGUAAGCCCAAGUUUUAAGUUUUUGUAUCUGUCAAGAUUCAAGACGCUGGAGAAGAUCAUGAGCAGUGUUCAAGGAAUCGAGGCUCCUCUCAUUCAGAAGAAGCAGACCUAUCGACCUCGAUCCUCCGAUUCGGUUUUACCGGAAGAUGACGAUUCCCGCGUCGAGAACUCGCCCAUAGAGCAGGUAGCUCUCACGGUUCCGGUCACCGACGACCCCUCGCUCCCUAGUUUCACCUUCCGGACGUGGAUUCUCGGAACACUAGCAUGCGUCCUCCUCUCCUUCCUCAACCAGUUCUUCUGGUAUCGGAGAGAGCCUCUGUCAAUCACUUCGAUCUCGGCUCAGAUCGCGGUCGUCCCGCUCGGUCACCUGAUGGCCUCUACGAUGACAGACCGAGUGUUCUUCAAGGGGCGACGGUGGGAGUUCACGCUGAAUCCCGGUCCGUUCAACGUGAAGGAGCACGUGCUGAUCACGAUCUUCGCCAACUCCGGGGCGGGUAACGUGUACGCGAUUCACAUAGUUAGCGCCGUCAAGAUUUUCUAUAAAAGGAGUAUGUCGUUCCUGGUGGCGUUGCUCGUAGUUAUAACGACGCAGGUGUUGGGGUUUGGGUGGGCGGGACUGUUCCGGCGGCACUUGGUGGAGCCCGCUGCCAUGUGGUGGCCCCAAAAUCUCGUGCAAGUCUCGCUAUUCAGGGCGUUACACGAGAAAGAGAAGAGGCCCAAGGAUGGGUUAACACGGAAUCAGUUCUUCCUCAUUGCCUUCUUGUGCUCCUUCGCUUACUAUGUCUUUCCCGGCUACCUAUUCCCGAUGUUAACGUCUGUUUCCUGGAUUUGUUGGGUAUUCCCUACUUCCAUCCUUGCCCAACAGCUAGGAUCAGGACUUCACGGUCUUGGCAUUGGUGCUUUGGGUUUUGAUUGGUCCAGUAUAUCCGCUUACCUUGGAAGUCCACUUGCCAGUCCAUGGUUUGCUACUGCCAACAUUGCUGCUGGUUUUGCGCUCGUCACGUAUGUUCUUACCCCCAUAGCUUAUUGGCUUAAUAUCUAUAAAGCCAAGACGUUUCCCAUAUUCUCAGAUGGGCUUUUCACUUCUGGUGGCCAAAGCUACAAUAUCUCAGCUGUAAUAGAUUCCAACUUUCGCCUUGACAUUGAUGCAUAUGAGCAUAAAGGCCAUCUCUAUCUCAGCACCUUCUUUGCUACAUACUAUGGUAUCAGUUUUGCCUGCUUUGCUGCCACUGUUGUUCAUGUAUUCCUCUUCCAUGGAAGGGAAAUGUGGCAGCUAAGCAAGUCCGCUCUCCAAGAAAAUAAUAUGGAUGUGCACACAAAGCUCAUGAGAAAAUAUAAGCAAGUUCCUCAAGGGUGGUUCAUAUGCAUCCUUUUGGUCAACAUUGUGGUGACCAUAUUUACUUGCCAGUACUAUAACGAUCAACUCCAAUUGCCAUGGUGGGGCGUCUUGCUAGCAUGCUGUAUUGCCCUAUUUUUCACUCUUCCUGUUGGAGUCAUUCGUGCCACAACAAAUCAGGCGCCAUCCUUGAAUGUGAUCACAGAGUAUAUUAUUGGGUUUCUAUAUCCAGGGUAUCCUGUUGCCAACAUGUGCUUUAAAGUAUAUGGCUACAUAAGUAUGAAACAAGGGAUCACCUUUCUGGAAGACUUCAAGCUUGGGCAUUACAUGAAGAUUCCUCCGAGAUCAAUGUUCGUGGCGCAGGUGAUGGGUACUUUAGUAGCAGCAUUGGUGCAUUUAGGGACGGCGUGGUGGCUUAUGGACAGCAUUCCAAACUUAUGUGACAGGGAGUUGCUUCCUGCCGGCAGCCCAUGGACUUGUCCGAGUGAUCAUGUAUUCUAUGAUGCUUCUGUCAUAUGGGGUCUGAUCGGGCCUCAAAGAAUUUUUGGAGAUCUUGGGCAAUACGCUCUCAUCAACUGGUUUUUUGUAGCUGGGGCUAUAGCCCCAGUCUUAGUUUGGCUUGCACACAAGGCCUUCCCUCACAUACAUUGGAUUAGACUCAUCACUAUGCCUGUGCUCUUAGGGGCAACAGUGAACAUGCCCCCUGCCACUGCUGUCAAUUACACCAGCUGGAUUCUUAUUGGUUUCAUCUCUGGCUUUAUUGCUUACAGGUAUUACCGUGAGAGGUGGAGCCGCCACAACUACGUGCUAUCCGGGGCACUUGAUGCCGGAUUAGCCUUCAUGGGAGUAUUAUUAUACUUGUGUUUUGGGAUGAAAGAUAUCAGUCUCAACUGGUGGGGCAGUGAGUCCGACGGAUGUCCGCUGGCUUCUUGUCCAACAGCCGAAGGGGUCAGAGUGAACGGCUGCCCGGUUCUGUGAGUGAUUAUUUAUUUAUUUUUUUUCCCUGUAUUAAUAUUAUCUUGAACAUAGGAAGAAGAAUUUAUCAAUCUUUAUCAUCUGGUAGAAAUGUAAAGUACAAUAAAUAUAGUGCAAUUUAAGUAUCAUUAAUGUGAAUAUUGUUUUUCUGA